AUGCUAGCCGACGGGAAGAUCGACUCGCUAGAUACACAUCUAGAGCAAUUCAAGCUCAACGAUCAGAACAGGCAAAUUGAUUUAGCAAAUCUCCUAAAAGAGUACGGUCAGCUACUUGACGAAUACAAAGACUUGAAGAAAGCCUAUGAGGAAAAAGGCAAGAUUGCUAUUACCAAGCCUGCAGCUACGUCUAUCACCGCUGUGACAGCAAGGCCUCAAAAUCGUUAUGUCUUGGUGUUGGUAGACGGCAACAAUUACAUCUUCAACCAUGAGCUCAUUCGCGAAAAGGAAGAGGGUGGGAUGCGUGCUGCUCGUAUGCUCAACGAAGCUGUAGAAAAUUAUCUACAGCAAAGCACGUUUACCCGUGGCGCCCGCGUCCAUGUCAAGAUCUACGCAGACUUGACGAACCUGUCUAAGCAGCUUGCGAAGUCUAAAGUGAUCGGCUUAGAAAAGCGAUCGUUAUCUCCAUUCUCAGCCGCCUUUACCCGAGCCAUCAGCACCUUCGACUUCAUUGAUGCCCUAGAUGAAGAAGGCACUAGAUUCAAGAUCAGAGAACAGUUCAAGAUCGCUUCCGAGGAUACAGCUUGCUGCCACAUCUUAUACGCUGCUUGCCAUGACCCGGCCUCUCUUUCUCAACUCGUACCCUUCAGCGGCGAACGCAACAAGAUUACACUUGUCCAGGGUGCCGGGUGGAACCCUGGGUUCCACCAGUUCGACUUGAACGUCACUCAGUUCAAAACUGUUUUUAGAUGGUCUGAACUUCCCGUUGCCGCGCCAGCUAGCAAAAGUGCUGCAGCUGCAGCACCUAAACAAAACGCAAUAGCAGCAGUACAGAGAUCAAUACUUAUACCCGGACUACCAACUCCUCGCAAAGAAUCAUGGAGGCGAGACGGCUCUUUCAGCGUGUCAGACUCCGCAUUCGGCGACUUAUCGCCUACAGAAACCAACGGCUCCGAUGAACAAGACGGCGUUGGAAGGGAAGAGCAAUCCGCAUAUCCCCAAACAGCAAAAGGCGGUCCCUCGAAACCCCAGAAAGACUCGCAGUUAUGCAGGUACUUCCAAAAAGGCUUUUGUCGCUUCGGCAACAAAUGCAACUUCCAACACGUCCCCAAAGGACUCGACGGCGUAAACGACCACAGCAGCAUCUCUUCCCUCCUCCCCGCCGCCCCAAUCCCCGGCUUCAUCCCCCUGAACAAAUCUCACCAACGCAUCGACACCUACCUCGCUUUCCCCUCCCCAGUUGCGUGGAAAAUCUACAACGCACGCUUCGCAAAGGCUAAACCAUGCAACACCUUCCACCUCCAACAGGAAUGCUCCGCCGGCAACUGCACCUUCGACCACAGCGAUAUAGAGCCUGAAGCAAAGCAAGUCCUCGAUUACUAG